AUGAUUUCACCAACUCACCAGAGUCAAUACAUAAAUUAUUUUGUUAACCCAGUUUUAAUGACUGAGUCCGGAGAUAUGAUUGAUAGUGUCACUGGUACAACAACCAUGUCAAACACAACAAUAGAUGCGUCCAUUCCCGCCUCAACUACCAAUACUGCAAACGCUUCCAAGAAUUAUAAGCACAAAAAACAGAAUACAAAUACUGGCACAUCCAUGUCGCCAAGUAAUUCAACAAAUUCAACAACCAACAAUGCGACAACAACAACAGCGUCAAAGAAGUCUAAAGAUAUCCCAUUAGAAUUGACUGCAUUUGGUACAACCCCCUCUGGGAAACCACGUUUAUUUGUUUGUCAAGUCUGUACAAGAGCCUUUGCUCGGUUAGAACAUCUACGUAGACACGAAAGAUCACAUACAAAGGAAAAACCAUUCAGUUGUGGUGUAUGUCAACGUAAGUUUAGUCGUCGAGAUUUAUUACUAAGACAUGCACAGAAAUUACACGCUGGCUGUGCCGACGCAAUAACUAGAUUAAGAAGAAAGUCAAUUAAAAAAUCCCAAUAUGGUGAAGAUGAUGAGGACGACGAUGAAGAAAUGGCAAAUUCGGAAGACGAAAAUGAUCAUGAGGGAUCUGCUGGAGGAACCACAAAGAAUGGUAAAAAGGAUAAAACCGACCCUCCACCGGAGUUCAAUUUGAAUUUAUUCCACCUGAAACAAAAGCCAACCAAGGCGAACACCACAAAGUCAAAAGUAGCUAAAUCAUCAACAACCACAUCAAGGAAAAACUCGUCUAACCCUACGAGAAAAAACUCCAGCUCAUUGCACAAGCAGGCUCUUGGUCAACGUCAAAAGGCUGUCAUUGAUACAAAAAUCGUAUCAAGCACUAAUAGUGGGGUUUCAGUAACACCAACAAGAUCCAGAAGAGGUGCAUCAUUUUCUGCUCAAUCAGGUGCAAAUUAUGCUAUCAAUAUACCAGAGUUUAAUGAUAUAUAUCCACAACCAGAUAGUGUCGAAUUCUCGACACCUCAAUUUUUACCAUCCUCAUUAGAUAAUGAAAUCACUUGGCUAAAUAAUAUCCCAAAUAUUCCAGGAUUAUCUGAUUCUGUAUCUGCUGCGGACUUGAUGCGCCAGAAUUCUAUAACAGCUUCAGCAGAUCAUGUAACGCCUCCGGUAAAUGUCAGUCAACAUGGGUCAUUUUCUCAUCAAUCAACGUUUUCAGCAACCGACAUGGGCCAAGCAAGAUCUGAAAGUGUAAACAGUUUAAAUACUCCAUUUGAUGGUUCCUACAUGAUGCCAACGGUAACAAUUACCAAUCAAGAAAUCCAAAAUGGUGUUGCUGCUCAUCAUCAGCAGCAGCAGCAACAGCAACAACAACAGCACCAUCACCAUCACCAACAACAACAGCCAAAUCAGUCCCUGCUUGGAUUAUCGCGGAAUGACAUGUUAAGUGAAGACCAUUAUGGUUAUUCAUUUUACGAUAUUCCAGAAAAUAUACUCAAUUUUCCAAUGGAUUCUAUAUCGACAACUUCAAAUGCGGUUUCUUCUCAUCCAAUUCAAACUUUCAAACCAUUAUCACCUAUCACACAAGAAAUGGAAAAUGAAAUGGUUCCAGGGAUUACUGGGAGAAUUGGUGAUUUCAAUAAUAACAAUACCAGUAAUAAUCAGAAUAACCAACAUAUUAAUUAUGACUUGAAUUUCCUUCAUACCAUUGACGACAUAGGCCAAGAUGUUAUUUCUAAAUUUAUGCCUGGAGGUUACUCGUUUUAUGGAGAUAAUAAUGUGUCUGCAACUUCUUCAGCUAAUGACUAUAACUCACCAAACAAUAUUGUUUCACCGAAUCAACAAAACAACCAAUUUGUUCUUCAUAACCAAUCAUCCCAUCCUAGUGGCGCUUCACCACAUUUAGACCAAUCAGUGAUGAAUAAAAUGAGGUUGCAUAACUAUUCUAGCAAUAAAUUGUUUACUAAUCACAUGAGACACAUGAUAAACAAAGCAUUAGGUAAAUAUCCCAUAAGUGGAAUAAUGACACCUACUAUACCUUCUAAUGAAAAAUUGGAAUUCUAUUUGACUAUUUUCAUUCAAUCAUUCUUGUCGCAUUUUCCAUUCUUACAUCCUUCCAAAUUGAAUGAAUAUGAAAUUAUGGCCAUGACUUGCAAUGAAGAUAUAAACAACGAAAGUGCUAGAGUUUGUUUGCCAUUGUUAGUGGCAACCGUGGGAGCCUUGUUGGCCAAUAACAAAAACGAUGCUGAACAUCUUUAUGAAGCAUCACGAAGAACAAUACACAUUUAUCUAGAGAGUAGAAAGACAAACUCUGGUAAUGACAAGAAUUACAAGAACGGUAAGGAGACAAGCCCGUCUAGUAAUCCAUUAUGGUUACUCCAGUCACUAACGUUGUCGGUACUUUAUGGAUUAUUUUCAGAUAAUGAAAAUAAUGUUUAUAUUGUUAUUCGUCAAUUGAACGCUUUAAAUUCGUUGGUUAAGACAUCAAUAAAAAAUAAGGGACCGAUUUUUUUUUCAAGCAACGGUGAAGAUGAAGAACUUUAUAAUAAAUUAAAUUCUCAUGAUAAUGGUACAUCCCUAUUUGCCAAUAAUUUGAAUGAUGAGAUGAAAUACAAAAAUAAUAUAAACAUGCAAUCUCAGACGAGAAUAGUAUUUAUCAUUUAUCGGUUAACAAACUAUUUAUUGAUGAUGUACAAUGUGCCUUUAACUUUUUCAAUUAAUGAUAUAAAUCAAUUGGCUGUAACUUCCAGAGAUGAAGAGACUUUAUGGAAUUUCAAAAAUUUUCAAGAGUUUCAAGAGUUUUCUCAAAAAAAUAACAAGACUUUGGAUGGUUAUUUGAAUAGCAAGAAUGAACCAAUAGUUUUCCGAGAUUUAUUAUUGACAAUAAUGAAAUUUGGUAUUUUGGAUAAUAAUGUAGCACCAGAGGUUGAGUCGAAAGUCGCCCAUCAACUACGAAACCUUUGUAAAUAUGGAUUCAAUUGUUUGGUGCAUGGUAUAUACGAAAUCAAGCAAUAUCAAGAGAUGAAAGAAGUAGAUACAUUCAAAGUGUUGGAUUAUUUAACUAAGUUUUAUCCUUCCAAUAAUGGAAUGGGGUUCAACUGUUUUAGAUUACCUGCCAAUAAAGAUAUGGAAAAAAUUGAUUAUGCUUUAUUAGUUAGUUUUACCAAAAUUUCAUCUUUAAUAGAUCUUAAAUUGCUUAAAGAACAAAGUUGGCUUAAAAAUUAUGAUGACUUGACACAAAACUAUCAUCGUCUUUUGGAUGCCCAUAGCACAGCGAAUCCACUUAACUCAAUUAGUGAUUAUGAUUAUUUGAAACUUGCUGAUUGUUGUAUACUGGUACUCAAGUUGAUUUUAUUUAAAGUUGAAGACUCAAACAGUAAUAAUAAAAAUCAAAGUAAGAAUGACCAUACCUGUGAAAGCAACAAUAAGAUUAACAACAACAACAACAACAACAAUGAAAGCAAUGGUGAUCAAUUAAUUUCUGCAUUUGAUACUGAUUUUGGGUAUUUGAAUAUGGACAAUAAUGGUAAUUCCAAAAAAGAAGAAUGUUCACGAUUUAUUGAUGAUGAACUACGAUAUGAUAAAGAAAAUACCAUGUCAUAUUUUGAGAAACAUAUUAAUCUUGAUAUAUUUGAAGAAGUUGAAAAAUCAAGCAAUUUGAUUCAAGCACAAAUGUUAUUUCAUGCAUUUGCUGUGUUGUCAAUAUUUUCAGUAUACGUUAUGCGUAAGAAUGAUAAUAAUGCAUCACCAUUUGCUAAUACUGAUUUAAUAUUUGAAUUAAAUCAUAGGUAUAGUAUGGUUCUUAAAUUGUUAGAAAGACUUGAAAGUUUUUUGAAAUUGAGAUAUCAAACAACUGGAGGAGGUGGUGGUGGUGGUGGUGGUGGUGGUGUUAAUAACAAUAAUAAUGCAUUAUCGAUAAAAUUAGAACAAGAAUUCACAAACUUGUAUCUUUAUAAUGGUAAUGUAUUAUCUUCGGAUCAUCAUAAUAUUACUACUAAUACUACAGACAAUGGUACUAAACAAAAUCAACAUCAAUCACAAGAUUUUGGAUUAGAAAAGACUUUAUAUAUAUUAAAAAUGGGAGAAAAUGUUUUGAAUUAUAUUUAUGAUUUAAAUUUAAAAGUUUGCGUAUUUAAGAAAUUAGGAGAUAGUUUAUCAGAAAUUAGAAAAUAUUUAAUUGAUAAUGAAGCUAAUUUGAAUGGUUAA